GCCUGCAUUUCACCAAAACUCCCAAGAAACAUUUGACAUUUGAUUUGAAGACUUCGUACAGGCGAUCAGGAACAGUUUGGAUUUUACUGCCCACAAUGUCUUCGCUGUCUUUACCUUUCUAUCAGAAACACCACCGGCACUAUGACCGCGGUUAUCGCAAUACACAGCUGUCGUCCACUAUGCAAGAGUACCGCCAAGAGGAAAAGCGCAGUACUGCAACUCACUCCCACAGAGUAAGAUCCAAGUUUUCGGAUGAAAUGUUAGAAACCUCUUCUGGAAGCCCUCAAAUGAAGAGAGCGAAGCAGGACUACUACUCUAAGGGGAAAGAGAAUGAAGCUGUUGAUUAUAUAGUGCCUGUCUUCGGAGGACGCCAUGAACACGUCAGUGAAAUUACCAGCUCAAAAGAUGAAAGAGCUAAGCAAUCUAAAUCAAGUCAUUUCGCUGGAGAAUUUCAUUCUGCCCAAAGUAAUAUUACUGAAGAACAUAAUAUUGAGAGGUCUGCCAUGGACAAGUCAAGAAAAGUUGCCAUCCGGGAAUCUGCAGAACGCAUUUCACUGAAUAAACAGAUUUAUGACACACAAGAUUUUCAGAAAAGACUGAGAGAGGACAGCUUGCUUCGCUUGCCUGAGUUUAUAAUCAAGCCAAGGUCCCACACUGUCUGGGAGAAACAGAAUGUGAAGUUACACUGCACCGUCUCAGGCUGGCCUGUGCCUCGAGUUACAUGGUACAAGAACAAUGUGACCAUCAAUGUCCACACUGAUCCUGGGAAAUACAUCAUUGACAGUAAAUAUGGUGUUCAUUCCUUGGAAAUUAACAAUUGCGACUUUGAUGACACUGCUCAGUAUCGUGCCUCAGCCAUGAAUGCAAAGGGAGAAAUUUCAGCUUUUGCAUCAAUUGUUGUGAAAAGAUUCAAGGCAGAGCAUGGUGAUCUUUCAUUCCACCCUGGAAGAAUUGCACCUCCUUCAUAUGGCUAUUUCCCUGGUGACCCUCAUAUGAAGUUUGAAGUGCACUUUGUUGAUAAGUUCGAUGUGUCAUUUGGGAAGGAAGGUGACACAAUGAGUUUGGGUUGCACUGUCAUCGUUCACCCUAACCUAAAGCGAUUCCAGCCUGACAUCCAGUGGUGGCGCAACGGAGUUCAAUUACAGCCAUCCAAGUGGGUUGAGAUGCACUGGAGUGGUGAAACUGCUACGCUGACUUUUACUCACCUAAAUAAGGAGGAUGAGGGAUUGUACACUAUUCGUGUGUUGACAAAAUCUGGCUAUGAACUUCAUAGCGCAUACGUGUUUGUCAGAGAUGCUGAUGCAGAGGUUGCAGGUGCCCCAGGAGCUCCUUUGGAUGUUUAUUGUUUAGAUGCCAAUAAAGAUUAUGUCAUUGUAACCUGGAAACAACCAGCAAUUGAUGGUGGAAGCUCCAUCCUUGGUUAUUUUGUUGACAGAUGUGAAGUAGGAACCAAUCAUUGGGUUCAGUGUAAUGAUACUCCAGUGAAGUUUGCCCGCUUUCCUGUCACUGGGUUGGUGGAAGGUCGUUCCUACAUCUUCCGUGUGCGUGCUAUCAAUAAUGUUGGAAUUAGCAGGCCAUCCCGUAUAUCUGAACCUGUUGCAGCUUUGGAUCCUUCUGAUAGAGCAAGGUUGAAGGGAAUCCCAUUAGCCCCAUGGACAGGACAGAUUAUUGUAACAGAAGAAGAACCAACAGAGGGUGUAGUGCCUGGACAACCUACAGAACUUGCUGUGACUGAGGCCACGAGGAAUUAUGUGGUCCUUAGCUGGAAGCCUCCUGGUCAACGUGGCCAUGAAGGAAUCAUGUAUUAUGUCGAAAAGUGUGUUGCAGGCACCGAGGACUGGCAAAGGGUUAACCCAGAGAUCCCUGUGAAGUCUCCACGAUUUGCAUUGUUUGAUCUGGCUGAGGGUAAAUCGUAUCGUUUCCGUGUCCGUUCUGCUAAUUCUGCUGGCAUUGGUGAGCCUUCUGAGCCAACAGAAUUUACUGAAGUCACAGACAAACUUGAUGUUCCAAAAGCUCCAAGUCAUGUUGUGCCUUCAAGAAACACAGACACUUCUGUAGUUGUCACUUGGGAAGAGUCAAAAGAUGCAAAGGAAUUAGUUGGGUACUACAUUGAAGCAAGCAUCAGUGGAUCUGGAAAAUGGGAACCAUGCAACAACAAACCAGUGAAAGGCAAAAGAUUUAUUUGUCAUGGGCUACAAACUGGACAGUUAUACAAGUUUCGAGUUAGGGCUGUAAAUGCAGCCGGGCUUAGUCAAUUUUCACAUGAGUCUGAGGCUUUGGAAGUCAAAGCUGCUUUAGGAGGAGGAGUGCCUCAUGGUGUGUUUCCUGAACAAAGUGGUAACAUUGAUGGACUAACAGACAGCAGUGCACGCUGGGAUGGCAAGCAUGAGACAUCUCAGCUCGCACGUGACACUUUACUAAGUUGUGAUGCUGUGCUUAACAGACACCUGCUACCCACUGGCUAUUAUAAUUUGCCAUGCAUAGUACCAGAUACACCAAAGGAGGUAAAUGCAGAACGGACAAGCAAGUCUAAUCUCAGAAGCCUAAAGGUACAAGAUAUAUACGAGGAGGGCCCAAAGAAUAAAGAUAAGCAUGAUAAGGGCCUAAAGAUGCAAGACAUGCAUGAAAAGGGCCCAAAAAUUCAAGAAAAACAUGAGGGUCCAGAGAUAGAAGAUAAACAUGACAAGGGCCCAAAGAUACAAGACAUGUACAAGAAGGGUUCUAAGGUAGAAGACAAACAUGAGAUGGGGCCUAAAAUACAAGAUAUGCACGAGAAGAAAGAAAAAAUAGCUCCUCCUACACCACCUUAUGCAAUUACAGUUCUUGAAAGUGUCCGUGACUCUAUGGUGUUGGGAUGGAAACAGCCUAAAUUCCAAGGUGGUUCUGAUAUUACUGGCUAUUUUGUGGAUUAUCGUGAAAUUAUUGAUGGUAUUCCUGGAAAAUGGAAGGAAGCCCAUAUCAAAGCUAUAACUGAGCGGGCAUAUAGAAUCCAUGACCUGAAGGAAAAUAUGGUGUAUCAGUUCCAAGUCCGUGCAAUAAACAUGGCAGGUGUUGGUCUCCCAUCUCUGCCGAGUGAGAAAUUUAAGUGUGAAGAAUGGACUAUUGCUGUUCCAGGACCACCUCAUGAUGUCAUGUACACUGAGGUCAGAAAGAACUCACUAGUACUGCUCUGGAAAGCUCCAGUCUAUAUCGGCCGCAGCGAGGUGACUGGGUACUAUGCUGACAUACGGGAGGCAGAUGCAGAUGAUGAAAAGUGGAGAAGUGUCAAUGAAAAGGAAACAUCAAACAGAUACAUCAAGCAUACAGGCACUAAAGAGAUUGCUGUCAAUGUGGAUGAUGAUGGAGUUAUUUCUCUAACCUUUGAAUGUGCUGACAUGGCUGAAGGUUCAAAGUUCAUUUGGUCUAAAAAUUAUGAAGACCUUGUUGACUCAUCAAGAGUCACAGUGGAGACCAAAGGUGGAAAGACAAAAAUAAUUUUCAAUGACCCAGGGAAGGAUGACUUGGGUAUCUAUUCCUGUGUUGUCACUGAAACUGAUGGAGUUUCUUCCAGCUAUGCCAUAGAUGAAGCAGAGCUGCUGCGUCUGCUUGAACUUAGCCAUGAACAUAAAUUCCCGGUUGUGCCUCUGAAGUCAGAGCUAGCAGUUGAGCUGCUGGAGAAGGGACAAGUGCGUUUCUGGUUGGAGGCUGAACGUUUCUCUCCAAAUGGAAAAUGUAAAUUUGUAUUUAAUGACAAGGAAAUUAAAAAUGAUGAGAAAUAUAAAAUAAAGGUGGAUCAUAAAACCGGUUUAGUGGAAAUGAUAAUGGACAAAUUGGAAGAUACAAAUGAAGGCACUUAUACUGUACAGCUCCAGGAUGGUAAAGCAAGCAAUCAAUCUAGUCUUGUUUUAAUUGGAGAUGUGUUUAAAAAUCUGCAAAAGGAAGCAGAAUUCCAGAGAGGGGAGUGGCUCAGGAAACAAGGUCCUCAUUUUGUUGAGUAUCUUGGAUGGGAAGUUAAUAAUGACUGCAGUGUACUUUUGAAAUGCAAGGUGGCUAACAUUAAAAAGGAGACAUCAAUCAUCUGGUACAAAGAUGAUAGAGAGAUAAUGUUUGAUGAGAAGCAUGACUUCAAGGAUGGAGUGUGUACUUUGCUGGUUCAACAGUUUUCAAAGAAGGACGCUGGUGUUUAUGAAAUUGUGCUGAAGGACGACAGGGGAAGAGAUUCGAGUACCCUCCGACUGCUUGAGAAAGCUUUCGGUGAUGUGAUAAGUGAAGUUUGCCGUGCGGCUGCUCAGACUGCAACAGAUCUGAAGGUACAGAGUACAGAACAUGGUGUCAGAAUCUACUCUUUUGUUACUUACUACCUGGACGAUUUGAAGAUCAUCUGGUACCACAAAGACACAAAGCUUGCAUCCACAGACAGGGUAAAGAGUGGUGUUACAGGAGAGCAGCUCUGGCUGCAGAUUAAUGAACCCACUGAGAAGGAUAAAGGCACUUAUACUCUUGAACUCUUUGAUGGAAAAGCAGGACACAAAAAAUCAGUUGAAUUAUCAGGGGCAGUUUUUGAUGAAGCCUUUGCAGAAUUCCAGAGGCUGAAACAGGCUGCAAUUGCUGAAAAAAAUCGUGCUCGUGUUAUCGGAGGUUUGCCUGAUGUUGUUACAAUUCAAGAAGGAAAGUCACUUAACCUUACUUGUAAUGUCUGGGGAGAACCUGUGCCUACAGUUUCCUGGCUGAAGAAUGAUAGAGAACUGCUAGGCGAUGCUCAUCUAAUACUGAAAUUUGAAUCAGGAAAAUUUGCUUCCUUCACUAUCACCGAUGUCAGAACAACAGACUCUGGCAAAUACAGCAUCCUCGUAAAAAACAAAUACGGCACUGAAACGGGCGACUUUACUGUAAGUGUUUUCAUCCCUGAGGAAGAAGAAGAACAAAUUGAACAGGAAAAAACUGCAAAGAAAAAAUAAAGCAAUUGUAUUGAGAAAGAUAGCAGUGAGCAAACAAGCUCAGGCUAACAUAUUAUCAGUGGUGUGUAAGGUUUGAUGUGGAGGUUAGUUUAUUUUUACUUGAAGAAUAAAGGUGAGAUUGGAGGAAUGAUUUUGAAGCAGCAGUUUUUAAAACUUUCAUUGGCUGUACUAAACUAGUCACUGAGUGCAUCUGAAGCAUUGAGUUAGUGAAGUAGACUUCCUAUAGAUAAGUUGUUAGUCCACUGUUUCCUUUUGUGUCCCUAAUUUCAAUGUGAACACCAAAUGACGUUGAUGCUGUAAUCAAUAAAAUCCCGUAGCAAUACAUGAAUAAAUGGUGCACAUAUCUUUCACACUUACCUCCA